AUGAGUGACACUGAUAAAGACGAUGCAUCCUUUUCAGUGCCCAACGUUGCUGCCCAGGCAGUACUAGUCAAAUCUACCUCUAUGCCCGAUAAUUCUACAACUGUCAUAGGUCCUGACUUUAACCAAAAUCAUUCUUUAGAAGAUUUGCUCAAGAGUUACUCUCGAAUUGGUUUCCAAGCGACUAGUGUUGGUCAAGCUAUUAAUGUCAUAAAUCAAAUGCGUAAUUGGCGGUUAUCUGAUGAUCCACUUUUACCUGAUGAAUCCGAUGAUUACAAACUUCCGAACGUUCGUGCUUCCACAAAAUGUAAAAUUUUUCUCGGUUAUACAUCUAAUCUUGUAUCAUCAGGACUUCGUGAAAUUUUCCGCUUUUUAGUUCAACAUUCCCUCGUGGAUGUUGUCGUCACAACUGCUGGUGGUGUGGAAGAAGAUUUUAUAAAAUGUUUGAAUCCUACAUUUGUGGGUGAUUUUAAUUUACCAGGUGCUGAAUUAAGAAAAAAAGGGAUAAAUCGAAUUGGAAAUUUGUUAGUACCCAAUGAAAAUUAUUGCAAAUUUGAAGAUUGGGUUGUACCAAUUUUAGACCGUUUAUUAGAAGAACAAAAGAGUGAGGGUAUAAUAUGGUCACCUUCAAAAAUCAUUCACCGUCUCGCUUUAACUGAUGGUUCAUUGGGUGACAUGAUCUAUUUUCAUUCCUUUAAAAAUCCUGGUUUAAUUAUUGAUAUAGUAUCAGAUAUUAGAUCGAUAAAUAAUCAGGCUGUAUUUGCUAAAAAAACUGGUGUUAUUAUAUUGGGUGGUGGUAUAGUAAAGCAUCAUAUAUGUAAUGCUAAUCUUAUGAGAAAUGGUGCUGAUUACGCAGUUUAUAUAAACACUGGACAAGAAUUUGAUGGGAGUGAUUCUGGUGCAAGACCUGAUGAAGCUGUUAGUUGGGGGAAAAUUAGAGCAACUGCUGAACCUGUUAAGGUUUAUGCAGAUGCAACAAUUGUAUUUCCACUAAUUGUUGCUGAAACAUUUGCCAAAAAGAUUUAUAAUUAA